GCUCCCAACUAGUCUCCUUUGUAGGGAUGAAAUGCUUCUUUGACUACGUUGAGUGGGUUCCCCCCCCCCCCCACCAAACCUCUCCCCACCUGUCCAAAUUGCUGCUCAUUAGAUAAGCUGCCUGCCCUGUGACUCCUCGCCCACUGCGCCUUCCCCGUAAGCCCCCACGGGCCCCGCUGGGAGCUCGGUAGACCUGUGCCGGUGACGGGGUUGUGCUUGCUCCUUCCAGAUGCUCUCCACCGUGUUGAACAUCAUCAUAUUUGAGGACUGCAGGAACCAGUGGUCCAUGUCCCGGCCUCUGCUGGGCUUGAUCCUGCUCAAUGAGAAGUAUUUUUCAGAUUUAAGGAACGGCAUAGUCAACAGCCAGCCCCCCGAGAAACAACAAGCUAUGCACCUCUGCUUUGAAAACCUCAUGGAGGGCAUUGAGCGCAAUCUGCUGACCAAGAAUCGCGAUAGGUCAGUAUCUUCACCAAAGGCAGCAGAACAGCCCAACUCCAGCCGCCACCUUCGUUUCAUUCUGAGGAAGGAGGACCAGGGCGGCAUCGCGUAGCACCUGGACUCCAGGGGGGGGGGGGGGGGGGCGCGUUGCCCAGUAGGCCAGGACCACCUGCAGCCUGUCAGGCUGGCUCCACCAUCUCUUCUGACCCACAGGGCGAGAAACACGGGGCCAGCACAAUAGCUCCCCGUGCUGAGGCUGCAAACCCUCUCUUAAAUUUAAUGGAAUCAAAAACAACACCCACCCCCCCACCCCAAAAAUGGUUCUCUGGCUCAGAGGACCACCCUCUCCUUUGAGUCGUC